AUGCGGCUUCAAGCCCUACUACUUGCUAGCACGAUCGCUCUUGGAAGCGUCGGAGCCGUGGUACUGAGUCUUCCUAGGAAUUCAGCAUUCGCCCUGGCAGCACUGGCCCCUAGUGUUGCCUUUGCGUCUCCCACACAACUUCUGACGCGAGCAGCAAUGAGUCCUCGCGAAGAGGGUUUGAAACUUGAGGAUCGUGCGAAUCGGGGACCGCCCGGUUGUGGGCGUGAUCCAGCCACCUGCCAAAGAGACCAGGCCUCGCGAUGGUUCAACGGCGGGGUCUACGACCUCCAAGGUCGACGAGUGAGUGACAGAUCUACGAAUCGGUCAAAGUGA